ACCCAAUCUUCGAUUCUCUGCUUAGCUAGCUUCACUACCACACACAAACAGAGCUUCCGUCUUUCUUCUUCCUCCAUAUGCGUCGCUCUUAAAAUCCUUACGAUUCACAAUGUCCGUCGUUCUCAACGCCGGCUAUAGUUCUCCGCUUCAUAACAGAUCCCAUCCUGUUAUACCGUUAAAGACUUUGCCUUUUGCGUCAUACAUAUCUCUAAACAGUUCAAGAUGGUCACUGUUAAGCAAAAGAAGAUUGGUUGUAUCUUGUUUGGAUACAAACGACAAUUCUGUCACAACUACAUCCGUAGAUUCUUCGGAUUCUAAUAAACCAGCAAGUGAAUCUGUUGAAUCAGGCAAUGGCUCUGCAAAAAAAGCUCCACUGACAGCACGAGAGAGACUUAGAGCGGCUCGUGUUCUUAGCCGAUACACAGAAGCAACACCGAAACCGUCAAAACCCAAAAUGGGAAGCCAACUUCUUGAUGUGCUCAAGGAAAGUGAUAAGAAAUCAAAGAGGAAACCGGGUCUACCCGAAGCACCAACCAACAUGCUUGAUGAUAGCAGGAGAGGGAUGCCAAAGAGCGGCCUUACAUUUGAUUUACCGGGAGGCUCAGAUAUUCUCAUCAUCGCUUUCUCCUUUGUGUUCAUAAGCACAGUGAUGUUUGCUACUACUUUUCUUGUCUGGAAACUCGGAGCAAUACACUUCAACGAAUAGUAAAGUUUGAUAGAGUUUGGAAACCAUCAGGCAGAGAAGGAGAGAAAGAGAGUUUUGUGGCAAGGAUAGUUAUAGUGCAUACUUGGGAAUGUUCAUCACUUGGCCAACGCCGGUUUGAGAUGAGUGUAUAUACAUAUACUGUGUAGUACACAUAAUUGUGCAAUUAACUCUCUUCAUGCUUCAUUUGCAAUUUUAACCUUCACAAUGCUAGUAUCUUUUCACAAAAAACAGCCCAUGUACUAUUUGGGAUAUGUUCUUAAAGAAUUCUUCAAAUUUGUUCA